CGCGUCAGACUGGGCAUCCCGGCUUCCCUGAGUAACCUCUGCGGUGGACCCCACCAGUGAGCGCUCCGAGCCUCUCCCAAGCUUCUCGCCGACUCCUCGGACCCCAGCAGCCCGGGAAGGAGGACUCUCCAGGCCGAGCGCCCGUCCCGCAAGACGAACCUGCAACCCGGAAAGGCGGCGCGGCGGAGCCCGGAGCCGGAUCUUGCUUGGACAGGGCCCCCGCGGGCCGGUGCCGCGGGCAUGUCGGAGGCGCGCAAGGGGACGGACGAGUCGGACGAGAGCCAGUAUGACUCGGGCAUCGAGUCUCUGCGCUCUCUGCGCUCCUUGCCCGAGACCACCCCGCCCUCGGCCCCCGGGCCCUCAGGCGGCGGAGGCCCCCAGCCCUGGACUCCUCCUCCGGGAACCACCAAAGAGCGACAGGAGAAGGAAGAAACAGAUGGGGAGAGGGCUGACUCCACCUAUGGCUCCUCGUCGCUCCUGGAGCCUUUGACCUUUUGGGAGGGCCCUGAGACGGAAAAUCCACCCCCAGGCUCGCCGCUCCCCCCGGCUGGGCCGCUGAGUCCUCAGCAACUGGAAGCGCUCACUUACAUCUCUGAGGACGGAGACACGCUGGUCCACUUGGCUGUGAUUCACGAGGCCCCAGCUGUGCUACUCUGUUGCCUGGCUUUGCUGCCCCAGGAGGUCCUGGACAUUCAGAACAACCUUUACCAGACAGCACUCCAUCUGGCUGUACAUCUGGACCAGCCGCGUGCAGUUCGGGCCCUAGUGCUGAAGGGGGCCAGCCGCAUGCUACAGGACCGACAUGGUGACACAGCCCUGCAUGUGGCCUGCCAGCGCCAGCACCUAGCCUGUGCCCGCUGCCUGCUGGAGGGACAGCCAGAACAAGGCAGAGGACCACCUCACUCCCUGGACCUCCAGCUGCAAAACUGGCAAGGUCUGGCCUGUCUCCACAUCGCCACUCUACAGAGGAACCAGCCACUCAUGGAACUGCUUCUUGAAAACGGAGCUGACAUUGACGUGCAGGAGGGCACGAGUGGGAAGACAGCGCUGCACCUGGCUGUGGAGACCCAGGAGCGGGGUCUGGUGCAGUUCCUGCUCCAGGCUGGGGCCCGGGUAGAUGCCCGUAUGCUCAAUGGGUGCACACCCCUGCACCUUGCUGCAGGCAGGGGCCUCAAGAGCAUCUCAUCCACUCUGCGCAAGGCAGGUGCCGACUCUCUGCUGCGGAACGUGGAGGAUGAGACGCCCCAGGACUUGGCUGAAGAUGAGAUGCCCCAAGACCUGGCUGAGGAUCCCUUUGCUCUUUUGCCCUUCGAUGACCUAAAGAUCUCUGGAAAACCACUGAUGUGUGCCAACUGAAGCCAGGACAGGGUCUGGGGCCCCGGAGGCUUCACCUCUUCCCAUCUGGAAGCUGGAGCCACAGUUGCUGCAGUUUGGGCCCAGGCAGUGUGCCCUUCCGGAGUCCUGGGGACUGCUGGGGCCAGCACAGUCCUGAGCUGAGAGGAGGGAUCACAAGUGAGGGAGAGCCAGUCUGGAAAGAAGAGCUUCCCAAGUGGACAGAGAUUCUUGGAAGACAUCCCCCCAAAGCCCGAGGUAUCCUGGGCGAAGCCUGUUUACGUCUCUGGAAGAUGGCAGGGACUCUUGUUUCUACCCACGCUGUGAAACUGCCAACCAGUAGGAAAACAAGGACUCUCCUGAGUGAGGAGAGAAACUGAAAUAUGAGCAAGCAGGGCUCUGAUGGCUUCCAUCUCACUGCUAUGGAGAACUGUUAAACACUGUUGUUUAAAGACUUGGCACAGAAGGCCCCGGCUUGAGCCUUUGGGGAAGGGGAAGUUUCAAUAACAUGACACUAAAAUGGCAGAGACUUUUAAAAAGUUUCCCCCCGUAGAGUUGUUUUGUGUAAAUGCAUGUCUGUGUGGAUUGGGGAUUUUUAGGCCUGCCCUGUGACCUUGUGGUAGAGGCAGAAAUAAGGAAAUUGUUACCUAAGCAGGGUAAGACCUUGCUAAGUAGGAUAGGAGGACUAACAGUCCUCAGGCCUCUGUCCAGCACAAACCCUUGUCCUUUCUGUGAAAAUGCAGAGGGAUUGAGGAAGAGAAAGAGAAAUAAGGAGACACAGGUUGGGGAGGCCUCACCACUGCCUUGGAGAUUUCCAUCUGGAGGAGUCUGGAGAGAAGAGCUGGUCUAGGGAGCUGUGGCUUUUUAUAUUUGAGGGCCCUCUUAGGUCAGGCAUAUGCUGGGAUGAAGGAUAUAGGAAUAAACCAACACAGUGUCAGGCCACUUGGAGCCUAUAGUCUGGCGAGUGAAGCAGCCAUUAAAAUCAUAAAUGUGUAUUUCCUUGUAAUGUGUAAACAUGCAAUCCCAAGUUGCAAUGGAUGCUGUGAAGGAAAAAAGUAGGGAGGAGAGGCAUGGAGUGGCAGAGGGCCAUACUCUGGGUGGUCCGGGGAGGCCUCGGAGUGUCAUCUCAACUCCGACACAAGGAUGAGUAAGGGAUGGGGAGAGAGCUAAUUAGAGGAACUGAGAACAGGCCAGUGGCCUCCGAAGGGGAUGAGUGAGUGGGCGAGGUAGACGGGCCAGGUCAUGCAGAGCCUUG